AUGGCCAAAAGACCUCAGGGAUUACACAAGGCUGCACUUGCCAAAAAAAAACAAAAGCUGUCUAAGGAAGACACUGGGUCGUCCGCAGCAUCGACACCCAAAGCCGAAACUUCACCCUCGGAGCCCGAAAACGCGCUUGAGUUUGAUGCAGACAUUGAUCCCAACGACGAAUUGGCUUCACUCUACGCCAUGUUUGACUCGGUUGUCAACCCGCGCUCAGCUCAGCAGCAGCAGUUAUCAGAUGGCAAGCUUUACAGCAUGAUUAUUCACACCUGUGACAACAUUUUGCGCAUGCACAGCAAGAAGAAUGAAAAGAAUGAUCAAAAAGAAGAAGAUGAAGAAGAGGAAAAGGAAAAGGAAAAGGAAACAAAGGAAGAAAAUGGUGAAGUUGAUCCAAUCGAUCUCUUGCCAGAGGUUCUCCCAGAUAAGUUUCACAAUAUUUAUGCGCGCGCGUUGCUCAACAUGGGAAAGCUGAUGCAGGAAGAACAAGAAGAGGAUGAUGAAGAUGAAGAUGAAUUUGACGAUGAUGAAGAUGAUGAAGAUGCCGAAGAUGCCGAAGAUGUGGAUGAAGAUGCCAAAGAUAAUGAGGAUACUUCAUCAAGUGUAGAAAAGAAGGAAAAGGCUCUUCAUGAUACCCCAGCGGACUUUUUUGAAGCAGCUCUUGAGCGCGUUGCUACGGGUCUCGAAACCCACCCGACUUCAAGUGACUUGCUUUUCACACGGUCCCGUGCAAAUGUGGCCAAAGUUGCCGAUCAUCUUAAGCGUGACACGCUUGAGGUUUUUGGCAACCUUGACAGUCAUUUGUUUGAUCCCAUCAAUUUUGCGCUAAAGGACUUUGAAGCUGCUGAAGAGGCUGCUGAAAAGAAGGCUGCUGCUGAUGCUGCUACAUAUUCUGAUUUUGAAUUGGGAGCCAUUGAGACUCUGUUAGAGAUUGGCGACCAUAUUGGUGUGAGUCUACCAUUGGCACUUUCACUUUUGGAAGACCAGGAAGAGGAAGAUGGUGAAAAGAAGAAGAAGCACAAGCAUAAGAGCAAGAAAAAUAAAAAGAAAAAUAUCAAGAUUACCAAAAAGGAUCUUCAAUCCUUGUCUUCAAUUGAGGAGCAGUAUCUCACCUGGAGUAAGGACCGGUAUGAGACAAUGCUCAAGGGACUAGAGAACCCAGCACCAAAAGUUGUUGACAAGAAGGGCAAGGGAAAAUCGAAAGCUACAGCAGAAUCUGGGGUUUUGACACAGACACUUGCACACAAAGCACACCGUGGGCUCGGCAAGUACUACACGGCCAAGGCGAGUCCACACUUGGACGAAUACGAGGAGAUUGUAAUUGAGCUUCCUGAGAAUGAAAAAGAUGUGGAUGCGGCUGUGCUUCAGCGGUUAGAAGUUGUGCGAGCACAAGCCAAAGAACUUAUGGAGCAGGCCGUUUCCCAUUUUGUAGCAGCAGAGCCCGCCGAUGCUACGGAAAGUGAGAAUGACUGGGAAAAUGAGUGGCGUGGAGAUGUGUUUGCAUUGGCAGCCGAGGCUCAAAUUUCGCUGGCAAACUUGCUUGCUGAAGAAGAAGAGCAGGAGAAGUUGUACAAGGAAGCAGUUCGACGAUUACGGUGGGCUCAGCGUCUUGGAAGUGGAGACUUUUCUGAGCAAAUCCGGGAUCUUUUGCCUUAG